AACCAGAAAAUUGCCAACACCUUCUCUCUCCCGCUCCAUAAUUACCGUUGCAUCUGCCGCAAAUCCCGUUACGAAUAUUCAAAAACCCAUGUACAAUUCUUAUACGAUCUUUCCAAACAAUAAUACUUUGAUCUCAUUCACAUUUUGUAAACAUAAGUAAGACAAGUUUUAGUAUUAGGUAAAGUUCAUACUAAAGUGCAUGCGUUCGUUACUGUUAUAGCUCUGUCAUCGACUUGGAGUUAUUUGAUUUGACCCGCCUUAAAACAUACUAGCAAUGAUCUUUAGUAUUGUUAAGAAAGGAAACCUAUGUUAACUCAUUUUUUUCUAAGCCUACGUAUCUAGUAGUAACACUUAACAUGUGGGGCGUGUGAAAAGUUGUGAAGCAGGGACAAGUGCCGAUACGAAAUAAGAGAGCAUGACUUAAGGAGAAAGUCGGUUUCAGUUCAGCAAGACAGGCAGACAAAAUACAUCAGUGGGGUCCAGUUCCGUUACCUCUUUCUACGUGCUUUCCUCUGUCUCUCUCUUCCACGACUCGCUUUUUUCUUGUAUAAAGUCGCAGCAUCUCGAGAUCGUCUUCUUCUCACAAUCUCAACUUCGACCCUCUCUCUCCUCCUCUUCUCCUGAAGCUCCUCACCCACUUUUAUCCGAGUAAAAGAGAAAAUGGAUGUGCCUAAAGCCAUUGUUCUACCUCUCUUACUAGUCUUAUGUGGUGCUGCUCUUGGAGCUUCUGCUUAUGAAGGAUACCUUCGUAAUGGAAACUUCGAGGAGUCACCAAAGAAAACCGACAUGAAAAAGACAGUCCUAAUCGGCAAAACCGCCUUACCCGAAUGGGAAACCACCGGUUUCGUCGAGUACAUCUCCGGUGGACCUCAACCGGGAGGCAUGUUCUUCCCCGUUGCUCACGGUGUCCACGCCGUGAGGCUCGGAAACGAAGCAACGAUCUCCCAGAAGCUAAAAGUAAAGCCAGGCUCUCUCUACUCACUCACCUUCGGCGCAUCAAGAACUUGCGCACAAGAAGAAGUGCUUAGAGUCUCUGUCCCUCCUCAGACCGGUGACUUACCUCUUCAGACACUCUACAACAGCUUCGGAGGUGAUGUCUACGCGUGGGCUUUCGUCCCCAAGACUUCUGAAGUUACUGUGACUUUCCAUAACCCUGGAGUUCAAGAAGAUCCUGCUUGUGGUCCUUUGUUGGACGCUGUGGCCAUUAAAGAGCUUGUUCAGCCAACGUACACCGAAGGUAACUUGGUGAAGAACGGAGGGUUCGAAGAAGGUCCUCACCGUCUAGUGAACUCAACGCAAGGAGUGCUUCUCCCACCUAAACAAGAAGAUGUCACAUCUCCUUUACCUGGAUGGAUCAUAGAGUCUCUCAAGGCAGUGAAGUUCAUAGACUCCAAGAACUUCAAUGUUCCCUUUGGACAAGCUGCGAUAGAGCUUGUGGCAGGGAAAGAAAGUGCUAUUGCGCAAGUCAUUAGGACCUCACCAGGUCAAACCUAUAGCCUCUCCUUUGUUGUUGGAGAUGCUAAAAACGACUGUCAUGGUUCCAUGAUGGUUGAAGCUUUUGCGGCUAGAGAUACACUGAAAGUGACACACACUUCAGUUGGUGGAGGUCAUGUUAAGACAGCGAGUCUCAAGUUCAAGGCGCUUGAGGCAAGAACUAGAAUUACUUUCUUCAGUGGCUUUUACCAUACCAAGAAGAACGAUAUUGGAUCUCUUUGUGGACCUGUCAUUGAUCAGAUUGUGGUUUCUCAUGUCGCUUAGAUUGUAAGCUUUAUGACCACUGCAUCCUGUAUUCUUACUGUUGGACUUGGUUCUUUGCUUUGUAACUCUUGCUCCUUAUGGCUUUAAGUUAUAGCCUUCAAGUUUAUUACUGAUAUAUAUUGUGAUAUGAGAAGUUUUUAGU